CCGAGGCUGCAGUACCGGUCAUCACGCAAACUAGAAUUACCACAAUCUCAUGCUGGCGAUUAGUGUGUAAAUAAUUUUGGAAAUGAUUUCAUUGAUAUUUCAUUAAGUGGAUCUAAAUAAUGGCACAAGGUGGAGAGGAGAGGCUACCCGACUUGUAUGAAACAGUUUGGUCUUGUUGGGAAACGUUGAAUAGCACAGAAGAAGCGUCAUCGUCUUAUAAUGUCCAGAAAGCAAUCAUCACGGGAAUUACCUCAGGAGUGAAGGCCAUUAAAAUGGUGAAUGAACUUUGUCUGUUUAGCACGAACGAGGAGCUAGAGGAAGUGGCAACGAAUGAAAUGAAGUACCUUCUGUUGCCGGCCUUUAUGGGAUUUUUCACAGAGAGAAAGGCUGUCAAAAAGAUGGAAGACCGAGAGGGUUUGGUCAAAGAAUCUAAAGCAUACUACAUAGAUUUUCUGAGAAACUGUGAUUGCUAUGGGGUAGCUAAGAUAGACGAGAGGCUGUUGAACUUAACCCCAGAUAGUGAACAGAAGGCUGUUGUGUCAAAUGGUGCUCAGGGAUUACCAGGCAUGAUACUGUCAAGAGAGGAAAAGAUAAAGAGUUUUAAGGAAAAGAAAGAGCUUGAUGCUAAAGUAAAGGAACUCCAUGAAAGAGUGAAACAGGAGCAUGUGGACGAUGAAGUCAAGAGAGAAUACUAUUCAGGCUUACUUAAACAGUGGAUUGGGGAUGCAAAAGAAAGUUUGGAAUCCUUGCAAAUGGAAGUCGCCAUGCUAGGUCUUCGAAAUCAGACAUUAAACGAAGAACCAGAGAGCAAGCCAAAGGAGCAGAAAAAGUCAUUCCGUCCCUUUAUCAUCACCAAAGACAUGAUUCAGAAGACUGUGUUUGGUGCCGGCUAUCCCAGCAUUCCCACAGUGACAAUUGAGGAGUUCUAUGAACAGAAAGUGAAAGAUGGCACCUUCCAACCACCUACCUCAAAGGGACACAGUAUGCAGGACUGGGCGAAGGACCCAGAGAAAGAUAAAGAGGCACAGGAGAAGGAGGCGGAGGAGAAGGAACAGAAAAUAGAGCAGGACGACCCGGAGGAGUUACAGAAGACCAGAGCAUUCGAUGACUGGAAAGACGAUCAUCGGAGAGGAUGGGGAAAUCGUAAGAAUAUGGGUUGAAGAUGUACAAAUCUUCACAGAGACGCAUCAACUGAAAGUAUUGUCAUCUUGUUUCUGUAAAUUAAUGCUGCAACUAGCUGUGCCAUUUUACAUGGAUGUGCUUUCCCAGAGGAUAGGAAAUGUAAUACACAUUACCUCUGAAACAGACAUUUACCUGUGCUGAAGUACAUGUACUUUACAUUAAUUUCCACGUUUCGCAAUGAUUUCAGGAAUUGGCUGCGAGUGUUUUUAGUGAGAAUGAUCAAGUUGGAUUUUGAAUGUAAAUGUGGUAAAGACUUGACUGGCGGGUCAUAAAAUCAUGAUCUACAUUGUACAACAUACAAAAAAUAUUCAUAUUCAAUCAUUUGCCUGUGAUAUCAAUAAAGACAUAAUGCAACUGCU